GAAGGAAGCUCACCCAAUAGCUCACGAACCUAACUGGUGACAGAAGCUGCUGAACCUUGCUCGAGGAAACCAUACGAGACAACAGUUGCAGCCGUCAUGAGGUGGCUCUUGGGGGGCACUGGCCCCCCCAUCCCCCGGUCUCCGGGCGGUGCACCCCUUCAUUUUGGCGAACCUUAGAGAAGGGAAGACGUGUGUGAGGGCAAUCUAGACCCUCUGGUUCCCCAAGGACCCAGACCGUGUUCUGGUUACAAGGUGCCCACUGGCACCAGGUCUGCGCGGGACUCCUCAAAUGUAGACGGGCGGAGGCACGCGCCCCUCUAGGAGAACCAGCCUCGCCGUCUGCGGAGAGGGAAGCCGCGCGGCGGCUGCGCUCCGCCCGGACGGCGCCCCUACCCUGCGCGCGCGGUGCUCGGUCCUCACCUGGAGCGCUCAGGUAGGGCUUGGGCGGGGCAGGAGGCUGGCGCGCAGGCGCGGGACGGGGGCCUCGCCCCUGCCGACGUCGCAGGCUGGAGCUCACCUGGGAGACUCCAGGAGGAAGCGGAGCCUCGGUUCGGCCUCUCCUGGCAACGCAGGAGGCCCAGCGGGAAGGCAGGAGGCAGCGGCGGCGGAGGAGGAGCUGGACUGAGCGGCAACAGUAGUGACAGCAACCGGAGGCGCCGCCGCCGCCGCCACCUGCACCUGGCGCCCGGCCCACGUCCAGCGCCCGCCCGGCCGCUGCUUCCCGCCGCCCUGCUGUGCCCACCCGCCAGGCCAUUAAGAUUGGCUCCUUGGUCAAUGGAGAUGAUGGGAUUCCAUGGUAGCAGAAGACAAGUGGCAGCAUUUAACCACCAAGGACAAAGUAUUACCAUUUAAUGAAACCUUCUUGCCAGCAAAUCUAUGAUAAAAAAUAUAAGUAACAGAGGAAACUAUAACUGUUAUUUGUCAAGUGGGAAGCUUUUAAUGUCAGAAUGGCUCACCUAAAACGACUAGUAAAAUUACAUCUUAAAAGACAUUAUCAUAAAAAGUUCUGGAAACUUGGGGCAGUAAUUUUUUUCUUUAUAAUAUUUUUGAUUUUAAUGCAAAGAGAAGUAAGUGUUCAAUAUUCCAAAGAGGAAUCACGGAUGGAAAGAAACAUAAAAAACAAAAACAAGAUGUUUGAUUUAAUGAUAGAAGCUGUAAACAAUAUUAAAGAUGCAAUGCCAAAAAUGCAAAUAGGAGCACCGGUCAGGCAAAACAUUGAUGCUGGUGAGAGACCCUGUUUGCAAGGAUAUUAUACAGCAGCAGAAUUGAAACCUGUUCUUGACCGCCCACCUCAGGAUUCUAAUGCACCUGGAGCUUCUGGUAAAGCAUUCAAGACAACCAAUUUAAGUAUUGAAGAGCAGAAGGAAAAAGAACGUGGAGAAGCGAAACACUGUUUUAAUGCUUUUGCAAGUGACAGGAUUUCUCUACACCGAGAUCUUGGACCAGACACUCGACCUCCUGAAUGUAUUGAACAAAAAUUUAAGCGCUGUCCUCCCCUGCCUACCACCAGUGUCAUAAUAGUUUUUCAUAAUGAAGCCUGGUCCACGCUGCUUAGAACUGUCCACAGUGUGCUUUAUUCUUCCCCUGCCAUACUGCUGAAGGAAAUCAUUUUGGUGGAUGAUGCUAGUGUAGAUGAGUACUUACAUGAUAAACUAGAGGAAUAUAUAAAGCAAUUUUCUAUAGUAAAAAUAGUUAGACAAAGAGAGAGAAAAGGUCUGAUCACUGCCAGGUUGCUAGGAGCAACAGUUGCAACAGCUGAAACCCUCACAUUUUUAGAUGCUCACUGUGAGUGUUUCUAUGGUUGGUUAGAACCUUUGUUGGCCAGGAUAGCUGAGAAUUACACUGCCGUGGUGAGUCCGGAUAUUGCAUCCAUAGAUCUGAACACAUUUGAAUUCAACAAACCCUCUCCUUAUGGAAGCAAUCACAACCGUGGAAACUUUGACUGGAGCCUUUCCUUUGGCUGGGAAUCGCUUCCUGAUCACGAGAGGCAAAGAAGGAAAGAUGAAACCUACCCAAUUAAAACACCCACUUUUGCAGGAGGCCUUUUUUCCAUAUCAAAAGAAUAUUUUGAAUAUAUUGGAACUUAUGAUGAAGAAAUGGAAAUCUGGGGAGGUGAAAAUAUAGAAAUGUCUUUCAGAGUAUGGCAAUGUGGUGGGCAGUUGGAGAUUAUGCCUUGCUCUGUUGUUGGACAUGUCUUUCGCAGCAAAAGCCCUCAUACCUUUCCAAAAGGCACUCAGGUGAUUGCUCGCAACCAAGUUCGCCUUGCAGAAGUCUGGAUGGAUGAAUACAAGGAAAUAUUUUAUAGGAGAAACACAGAUGCAGCAAAAAUUGUUAAACAAAAAUCAUUUGGUGAUCUUUCAAAAAGAUUUGAAAUAAAGCACCGCCUUCAAUGUAAAAAUUUCACGUGGUAUCUGAACACUAUUUAUCCAGAAGCAUAUGUGCCAGACCUUAAUCCUGUUAUAUCUGGAUAUAUUAAAAGCAUUGGUCAGCCUUUGUGUCUGGAUGUUGGAGAAAAUAAUCAAGGAGGCAAACCAUUAAUUUUGUAUACAUGCCAUGGACUUGGGGGAAACCAGUAUUUUGAAUACUCGGCUCAACGUGAAAUUCGCCAUAACAUCCAGAAGGAAUUAUGUCUUCAUGCCGCUCAAGGUCUUGUUCAGCUGAGGGCAUGUGCCUACAAAGGUCACAAGACAGUGGCCAGUGGAGAACAGAUAUGGGAGAUCCAAAAGGAUCAACUUCUAUAUAAUCCAUUCUUAAAAAUGUGCCUUUCAGCAAAUGGAGAGCAUCCAAGCUUAGUGUCAUGCAAUCCGUCAGAUCCACUGCAAAAAUGGAUUUUUAGCCAAAAUGAUUAAGUGUUCCUUAAAAUUAAGGAGUUGAAAAAGAAGAUAUUCUUUCUCAUAAAACUGUGACUAAGCAUACACUGUAGUUGUUGAAAAUUAUGCAAAAGCAGCUAAUUAUAACUUAUUCCAAGUGCAUUUUUCUUAUUUAUAUCUUAAAAUGUCUAUGUAGCACUGCUACAGAAAUCUUUUAAGUUUCCAUUUCAAAGCACAAUAGCUAAGAAUACCAAAGACUAUUUUGAAAUGUCCAGAUUUAGGGAAAGAGAUGUUUACAGUAUGAUGAAAAUAAUUUUCCAAGUAAAGUGAUAUUUGUGUAUUUUGUGCACUUAAAGAUAUGCAUAGCUACAUUCACACACUCACAAUUUAAAAUAUUUCUUCUAGUUUUUUGGGGGGGAGGGAGAAAGAUUUGAUACUGUAUUUUUUUAACUACAUAGAAAUGGAUCAAUGAAGGUCAAGCAUUGGCCUUUGUGUACAAACCAGGAAAUUUUUAUAGAUCUAAAAUUUAUUAUAUAAAAAUGCAGGUAAACUUUUUUGCCUUUUGUUUACUUAUCUGUCAAAUGUUUCCUUCAACAUGAAAUUAAGUGAAUAAGGAGAAUAUUUUUGAUGCUGCAGUAUCUUGGCAAAUUUUAAAAUAUUUUUUAGUCUGAAGACCUCUUGACUUGAAGCACUUAAAUAUUGCUUAAAAGACAUUUCUUAAAUAACUAUACUGUGUUUUCCCAGAGCAAUUAAAAAAAAAAAACAACUAUGUUACUAUCUGUUGAAAAGGUGUCUUUUUCCUUUCUGCUAGUCUUUUUUUCUUACCAAAAGUCACUAACCUUGAAUGUUUGUGAAACUGAAUUCCAAAUGUAGAAUACCUGACUCAUUUAAAAGCUAAAUUUUAUUUGGUGCUGAUUCAAUUAUAGAUGAUCUUUGUAAAGAUUUUUCUUCAUCAAAAAAACCUCUGUCUAUAUGGAAAACACAAUAAAAUGAAUCCUUAUCACUGUUGUAAUUAUUUGAUUUAAAUUUCUUUCCUCUUUAUAUAAUUCAUAUUGGAUGGGGGAGGGCAUGAAUUUUGUAUAUUUAAUUUCUAAGUACCUAUCGUAGAGCCAUCAGAUAUUUUUAAGGAAUACUCAAAUAUUUCAUGGUAAUCGUAUAACAAAUGGGGAAUGGAGAAGAUUCUAUGUUAGAUAUUUCGAACAUUUUGUACUAAUUUCUGAUAACUUUCCUUGAGCAUCUGAUAGAGUAAUUUAAAAAAAAAAAGGUGAUGCCUGCUUAGGAGAUUUAACACUUUUUUUUUCCCUUUCAGUCAUUUUAUAUAGAGAUCUCCUAUGUUCUUAUUUAAGAAGUAAAGUAUGAUUGGCUGUGUAUUUUAAGCCUUACUGAGCCUCAAUUGUACAAAAGGAAAUGUUGUUUUAAAAUUAUUGGUCCCAUCACCUCAUUGUAACUUUGAACUUACAUUAAAAGACCUGCAUUCUUUAAUGUAUUACAAUGGCAACUUAUAUUUCAAUUCAACUAAUAUUUAUCAUGUAUCUAACUUUGUACCCAAAGUUAAGGUAGGCAGAAUAAAUCUUAUGUUGCCUUUAAGCUUAGAUCUUGUGGAGCAGAAAGACAGACAAAUAAUUUUGAAAUAGCAUAGUGACAUUGUUACUUAUAUUUCAUGAUGUGACAGCUUGCCAUUCAUAUCUGAUACUUCUUUAAAAAGUAAAGGUAUUUUUAUUACUGUAGCUAAAUACAACUAAUAUGUGUUGUGAAAUACACACUGAUGCCCACUUAAAUGCACAAUUUCUCAAUUUGUUAUUCUAGAGUAAGAAAUACUGCUCAUAUUUUGUUAUAUCUCACAAAAAAAAUCUGAAAUUAAAAAAAAAGAUCUGAGUGCACUCUGUGUAUUAGUCAUGUGUUGUCAUGUCAAGACUCACCCAAAAUCUAUUUAGUUGAUUUUAUUAUGGCUGUAUUAAAUGCAUCAAAGGAGAGUCCUUCUUACCUAAUUUGGAAGCCUUAGACUGUUGUUCAGGUGUCACAUAACUAAUUUCAUUAGGGAUUUACCCUUCAAGAUAGAGGUAGUUGCUUUUAAAAGUCUCAGUUUUGAAACAGUGGUAACAAGCAUUUAUUUAUGGAGUCUGGUUGCCAUCUACCUGAGAGAUUUGAAUAUACACAAGUGUGAAAUUGUGGAGCUUUUGUUCAGUUUCAAGUGACCAUGGCAAAUGGUAUAGUUGCUUUACAAAACCUGGCAUGCUGCCUUUUUUCCAGAGGACCAAGUCCCAAGAACUCUACACUGCCAAACCUGCCAGGGUUAACCUGUUGGGUGGGCUGACUUACAACUGGCUGUGACUAGCCAUGAGAGAAAAUAAGCAAUAUACUAAACUUGCCUAUUACUACAAUCAAUAAUGAUGAAUUUUUAAGACACUAGAUUGCCAGAGAAUUGGCCUUACUGUUGAUAGGCUGUUUAAUUAUAAAUACUGUGUACACCAUCCGAAAAUAUAGGGAACUGUUAUUUCUAAGAAAACAAGAUUGAAUGGGAAAACUAAAAAAUAAUAAAAUUAUUUUAAAAAUG